GUAAGCACCACCUCAAGCCCCACCACAAAAUCUGCUGUUACCACCACCUCAAGCCCCACAACAGAAUCUACUGUAAAUCUACUCCCCACAACAGAAUCUACUGUAAGCACCACCUCAAGCCCCACCACAAAAUCUGCUGUUACCACUACCUCCAGCUCCAGCACUGAAUCUCCUGUUACCACCACCUCAAGCCCCACCACAGCAUAUUCUGUAAGCACCACCUCAAGCCCCACCACAGAACCUGUUGUUACAACCACCUCAAGCCCAACCACAAAAUCAGCUAAGACCACCACCUCAAGCCCCACCACAAAAUCUUCUGUUACCACCACCUCAAGCCCUACAACAGAAUCUACUGUAGGAACCACCUUAAGCCCCACCACAAAAUCUGCUAUUACCACCACCUCAAGCCCCACAACAGAAUCUACUCUAAGACCACCACCUCAAGCCCCACCACAAAAUCUUCUGUUACCACCACCUCAAGCCCUACAACAGAAUCUACUCGCCACAACAGAAUCUACUGUAAGCACCACCUCAAGCCCCACCACAAAAUCUGCUGUUACCACAACCUCAAGCCCAAGCACAGAGUCUCCUGUUACCACCACCUCAAGCCCCACAACAGAAUCUACUGUAAGCACCACCUCAAGCCCCUCCACAGGAUCUCCUGUAAGCACCACCUCAAGCCCCACCACAAAAUCUGCUGUUACCACUACCUCCAGCUCCAGCACUGAAUCUCCUGUUACCACCACCUCAAGCCUCACCACAGGAUCUCCUGUAAGCACCACCGCAAGCCCCACCACAAAAUCUGCUAUUACCACCACCUUAAGCCCCACAACAGGAUCUACUGUAAGCCCCACCUCAAGCCCCACAACAGAAUCUACUGUAAGCACCACCUCAAACCCCACCACAAAAUCUGCUGUUACAACCACCUCCAGCCCCACCACAAAAUCUGCUAUUACCACCACCUUAAGCCCCACAACAGGAUCUACUGUAAGCACCACCUCAAGCCCCACCACAAAAUCUGUUGUUACCACAACCUCCAACCCCACCACAGAAUCUUCUGUAAGCACCACCUUAAGCCCCACCACAAAAUCUGCUGUUUCCACUACAACCAGCUCCAGCACUGAAUCUCCUGUUACCACCACCACAAGCCCCACCACAAAAUCUGCUGUUACCCCCACCUCAAGCCCCACCACAAAAUCUGCUUUUACAUCUACCUCCAGCUACAGCACUGAAUCUUCUGUUACCACCACCUCAAGCCCCACCACAGGAUCUCCUGUAAGCACCACCUCAAGCCCCAACACAGAAUCUGUUGUUACCACAACCUCAAGCCCCACCACAGAAUCAGCUAAGAGCACCCCUUCAAGCCCCACCACAAAAUCUUCUGUUCCCACCACCACAAGCCCUUCAACAGAAUCUACUGUAACCACCACCUCAAGCCCCACCACAAAAUCUGCUGUUACCACCACCUCAAGCCCCACCACAAAAUCUGCUAUUUCCACCACCUCAAGCCCCACAUCAGAAUCUACUAAUCUACUCCCCACAACAGAAUCUACUGUAAGCACCACCUCAAGCCCCACAACAGAAUCUACUGUAAGCUCCACCUCAAACCCCACCACAAAAUCUGCUAUUACCACCACCUCAAGCCCCACAACAGAAUCUACUGUAAGCCCCACCUCAAGCCCCACAACAGAAUCUACUGUAAGCACCACCUCAAACCCCACCACAAAAUUUGCUGUUACAACCACCUCCAGCCCCACCACAAAAUCUGUUGUUACCACAACCUCCAACCCCACCACAGAAUAUCCUGUAAGCACCACCUCAAGCCCCACCACAAAAUCUUCUGUUACUACCACCUCAAAAUCUACUGUAAGCACCACCUCAAGCCCCACCACAAACUCUGCUGUAACCACCACCCCAAGCCCCACAACAGAAUCUACUUUAAGCUCCACCUCAAGCCCCACCACAAAAUCUGCUGUAACCACCACCUCAAGCCCCACAACAGAAUCUACUGUAAGCACCACAUCAAGCCUCACCACAAAACCUGCUGCUACCACCACCUUAAGCCCCACCACAAAAUCUGCUGUUUCCACUACAACCAGCUCCAGCACUAAAUCUCCUGUUUCCACCACCUCAAGCCCUACAACAGAAUCUACUGUAAGCACGACCUCAAGCCCCACCACAAAAUCUGUUGUUACCACAACCUCCAACCCCACCACAGAAUCUCCUGUAGGCACCACCUCAAGCCCCACCACAAAAUCUACUGUUACCACUACCUCAAGCCCCACAACAGAAUCUACUGUAAGCACCACCUCAAGCCCCACCACAAACUCUGCUGUAACCACCACCCCAAGCCCCACAACAGAAUCUACUGUAAGCUCCACCUCAAGCCCCACCACAAAAUCUGCUGUAACCACCACCUCAAGCCCCACAACAGAAUCUACUGUAAGCACCACAUCAAGCCUCACCACAAAACCUGCUGUUACCACCACCUUAAGCCCCACCACAAAAUCUGCUGUUUCCACUACAACCAGCUCCAUCACUAAAUCUCCUGUUACCACCACCUCAAGCCCUAAAACAGAAUCUACGGUAAGCACCACCUCAAGCCCCAACACAAAAUCUGUUGUUACCACAACCUCCAACCCCACCACAGAAUCUCCUGUAAGCACCACCUCAAGCCCCACCACAAAAUCUGUUGUUACCACAACCUCAAGCCCCACCACAGAAUCUCCUGUAAGCACCACCUCAAGCCCCACCACAAAAUCUGCUGUUACAACUACCUCAAGCCCCACCACAGCAUCUCCUGUAAGCACCACCACAAGGUCCACCACAAAAUCUGCUGUAACCACCACCUCAAGCCCCACAACAGAAUCUACUGUAAGCACCACAUCAAGCCCCACCACAAAAUCUGCUGUUUCCACUACAACCAGCUCCAGCACUGAAUCUCCUGUAACCACCACCUCAAGCCCCACCACAGAAUCUCCUGUAAGCACCACCGCAAGGCCCACCACAAAAUCUGUUGUUACCACCACCUCAAGCCCCACCACAGAAUCAGCUAAGAGCACCACUUCAAGCCCCACCACAAAAUCUUCUGUUACCACCACCUCAAGCCCUUCAACACAAUCUACUGUAAGCACCACCUCAAACCCCAUCACAAAAUCUGCUGUUACCCUCACCUCCAGCCCCACCACAGGAUCUUCUGUAAGCACCACCUCAAGCCCCACCACAAAAUCUGUUGUUACUACAACCUCAAGCCCCACCACAGAGUCUUCUAUUACCACCACCUUAAGCCCCACCACAAAAUCUGUUGUUACCACCACCUCAAGCCCCACCACAGAAUCAGCAAAGAGCACCACUUCAAGCCCCACCACAAAAUCUUCUGUUACCACCACCUCAAGCCCCACAACUGAAUCUACUGUAAGCAUCACCUCAAGCCCCACCUCAAAAUCUGCUGUAACCACCACCCCAAGGCCCACAACAGAAUCUGUUAUUACCACAACCUCCAACCCCACCACAGAAUCUCCUGUAAGCACCACCUCAAGCCCCACCACAAAACCUGCUGUUUCCACCACCUUAAGCCCCACCACAAAAUCUGCUGUUUCCACUACAACCAGUAAAUAUCCUGUUACCACCACCUCAAGCCCUACAACAGAAUCUACUGUAAGCACCACCUCAAGCCCCACCACAAAAUCUGUUGUUACCACAACCUCCAACCCCACCACAGAAUCUCCUGUAAGCACCACCUCAAGCCCCACCACAAAAUCUGCUGUUACAACUACCUCAAGCCCCACCACAGCAUCUCCUGUAAGCACCACCACAAGGUCCACCACAAAAUCUGCUGUAACCACCACCUCAAGCCCCACAACAGAAUCUACUGUAAGCACCACAUCAAGCCCCACCACAAAAUCUGCUGUUUCCACUACAACCAGCUCCAGCACUAAAUCUCCUGUUAUCACCCCCUCAAGCCUUACAACAGAAUCUACUGUAAGCACCACCUCAAGCCCCACCACAAAAUCUGUUGUUACCACAACCACCAACCCCACCACAGAAUCUCCUGUAAGCACCACCUCAAGCCCCACCACAAAAUCUGUUGUUACCACAACCUCAAGCCCCACCACAGAAUCUCCUGUAAGCACCACCUCAAGCCCCACCACAAAAUCUUCUGUUACCACCACCUCAAGCCCCACAACAGAAUCUACUGUAAGCACCACCUUAAGCCCCACUACAAAAUCUGUUGUUACCACAACCUCCAACCCCACCACAGAAUCUCCUGUAAGCACCACCUCAAGCCCCACCACAAAAUCUUCUGUUACCACCACCUCAAGCCCCACAACAGAAUCUACUGUAAGCACCACCUCAAGCCCCACCACAAAAUCUGCUGUUACCACCACCUUAAGCCCCACAACAGGAUCUACUGUAAGCCCCACCUCAAGCCCCACAACAGAAUCUACUGUAAGCACCACCUCAAACCCCACCACAAAAUCUGCUAUUACCACCACCUUAAGCCCCACAACAGGAUCUACUGUAAGCACCACCUCAAGCCCCACCACAAAAUCUGUUGUUACAACAACCUCCAACCCCACCACAGAAUCUCCUGUAAGCACCACCUCAAGCCCCACCACAAAAUCUGUUGUUACCACAACCUCAAGCCCCACCACAGAAUCUCCUGUAAGCACCACCUUAAGCCCCACCACAAAAUCUGCUGUUACCACCACCUUAAGCCCCACCACAAAAUCUGCUGUUUCCACUACAACCAGCUCCAGCACUGAAUCUCCUGUUACCACCACCACAAGGUCCACCACAGAAUCUACUGUAAGCUCCACCUCAAGCCCCACCACAAAAUCUACUGUUACCACUACCUCAAGCCCCAAAACAGAGUCUACUGUAAGCACCACCUCAAGCCCCACCACAAACUCUGCUGUAACCACCACCCCAAGCCCCACAACAGAAUCUACUGUAAGCUCCACCUCAAGCCCCACCACAAAAUCUGCUGUAACCACCACCUCAAGCCCCACAACAGAAUCUACUGUAAGCACCACAUCAAGCCUCACCACAAAACCUGCUGUUACCACCACCUUAAGCCCCACCACAAAAUCUGCUGUUUCCACUACAACCAGCUCCAGCACUAAAUCUCCUGUUACCACCACCUCAAGCCCUACAACAGAAUCUACUGUAAGGACCACCUCAAGCCCCACCACAAAAUCUGUUGUUACCACAACCUCAAGCCCCACCACAGAAUCUCCUGUAAUCACCACCUCAAGCCCCACCACAAAAUCUACUGUUACCACAACCUCAAGCCCCACAACAGAAUCUACUGUAAGCACCACCUCAAGCCCCACCACAAACUCUGCUGUAACCACCACCCCAAGCCCCACAACAGAAUCUACUGUAAGCUCCACCUCAAGCCCCACCACAAAAUCUGCUGUAACCACCACCUCAAGCCCCACAACAGAAUCUACUGUAAGCACCACAUCAAGCCCCACCACAAAAUCUGCUGUUUCCACUACAACCAGCUCCAGCACUAAAUCUACUGUUACCACCACCUCAAGCCCUACAACAGAAUCUACUGUAAGCACCACCUCAAGCCCCACCACAAAAUCUGUUAUUACCACAACCUCCAACCCCACCACAGAAUUUCCUGUAAGCACCACCUCAAGCCCCACCAAAAAAUCUGUUGUUACCACAACCUCAAGCACCACCACAGAAUCUCCUGUAAGCACCACCUCAAGCCCCACCACAAAAUCUGCUGUUACAACCACCUCAAGCCCCACCACAGCAUCUCCUGUAAGCACCACCACAAGGUCCACCACAGAAUCUACUGUUAGCUCCACUUCAAGCCCCACCACAAAAUCUCCUGUUACCACCACCUCAAGCCCCACAACAGAAUCUACUGUAAGCACCACCUCAAGCCCCACUACAAAAUCUGUUAUUACCACAACCUCCAACCCCACCACAGAAUUUCCUGUAAGCACCACCUCAAGCCCCACCACAAAAUCUUCUGUUACCACUACCUCAAGCCCCACAACAGAAUCUACUGUAAGCACCACCUUAAGCCCCACCACAAAAUCUACUGUAACCACCACCUCCAGCCCCACAACAGAAUCUACUGUAAGCACCACCUCAAACCCCACCACAAAAUCUGCUGUUACAACCACCUCCAGCCCCACCACAAAAUCUGCUGUUACCACCACCUUAAGCCCCACCACAAAACCUGCUGUUACCACCACCUUAAGCCCCACCACAAAAUCUGCUGUUUCCACUACAACCAGCUCCAGCACUGAAUCUCCUGUUACCACCACCUCAAGCCCCACCACAGGAUCUCCUGUAAGCACCACCGCAAGGCCCACCACAAAAUCUGUUGUUACCACCACCUCAAGCCCCACCACAGAAUCAGCUAAGAGCACCACUUCAAGCCCCACCACAAAAUCUUCUGUUACCACCACCUCAAGCCCUACAACAGAAUCUACUGUAAGCACCACCUCAAGCCCCACCACAAAAUCUGUUGUUACCACCACCUCAAGCCCCACCACAGAAUCAGCAAAGAGCACCACUUCAAGCCCCACCACAAAAUCUUCUGUUACCACCACCUCAAGCCCCACAACUGAAUCUACUGUAAGCAUCACCUCAAGCCCCACCUCAAAAUCUGCUGUAACCACCACCCCAAGGCCCACAACAGAAUCUGUUGUUACCACAACCUCCAACCCCACCACAGAAUCUCCUGUAAGCACCACCUCAAGCCCCACCACAAAACCUGCUGUUUCCACCACCUUAAGCCCCACCACAAAAUCUGCUGUUUCCACUACAACCAGUAAAUAUCCUGUUACCACCACCUCAAGCCCUACAACAGAAUCUACUGUAAGCACCACCUCAAGCCCCACCACAAAAUCUGUUGUUACCACAACCUCCAACCCCACCACAGAAUCUCCUGUAAGCACCACCUCAAGCCCCACAACAGAAUCUACUGUAAGCACCACAUCAAGCCCCACCACAAAAUCUGCUGUUUCCACUACAACCAGCUCCAGCACUAAAUCUCCUGUUAUCACCACCUCAAGCCCUACAACAGAAUCUACUGUAAGCACCACCUCAAGCCCCACCACAAAAUCUGUUGUUACCACAACCACCAACCCCACCACAGAAUCUCCUGUAAGCACCACCUCAAGCCCCACCACAAAAUCUGUUGUUACCACAACCUCAAGCCCCACCACAGAAUCUCCUGUAAGCACCACCUCAAGCCCCACCACAAAAUCUUCUGUUACCACCACCUCAAGCCCCACAACAGAAUCUACUGUAAGCACCACCUUAAGCCCCACUACAAAAUCUGUUGUUACCACAACCUCCAACCCCACCACAGAAUCUCCUGUAAGCACCACCUCAAGCCCCACCACAAAAUCUUCUGUUACCACCACCUCAAGCCCCACAACAGAAUCUACUGUAAGCACCACCUCAAGCCCCACCACAAAAUCUGCUGUUACCACUACCUCAAGCCCCACAACAGAAUCAACUGUACGCUCCACCUCAAACCCCACCACAAAAUCUGCUAUUACCACCACCUCAAGCCCCACAACAGAAUCUACUGUAAGCCCCACCUCAAGCCCCACAACAGAAUCUACUGUAAGCACCACCUCAAACCCCACCACAAAAUCUGCUAUUACCACCACCUUAAGCCCCACAACAGGAUCUACUGUAAGCACCACCUCAAGCCCCACCACAAAAUCUGUUGUUACAACAACCUCCAACCCCACCACAGAAUCUCCUGUAAGCACCACCUCAAGCCCCACCACAAAAUCUGUUGUUACCACAACCUCAAGCCCCACCACAGAAUCUCCUGUAAGCACCACCUUAAGCCCCACCACAAAAUCUGCUGUUACCACCACCUUAAGCCCCACCACAAAAUCUGCUGUUUCCACUACAACCAGCUCCAGCACUGAAUCUCCUGUUACCACCACCACAAGGUCCACCACAGAAUCUACUGUAAGCUCCACCUCAAGCCCCACCACAAAAUCUACUGUUACCACUACCUCAAGCCCCAAAACAGAGUCUACUGUAAGCACCACCUCAAGCCCCACCACAAACUCUGCUGUAACCACCACCCCAAGCCCCACAACAGAAUCUACUGUAAGCUCCACCUCAAGCCCCACCACAAAAUCUGCUGUAACCACCACCUCAAGCCCCACAACAGAAUCUACUGUAAGCACCACAUCAAGCCCCACCACAAAAUCUGCUGUUUCCACUACAACCAGCUCCAGCACUAAAUCUACUGUUACCACCACCUCAAGCCCUACAACAGAAUCAACUGUAAGGACCACCUCAAGCCCCACCACAAAAUCUGUUGUUACCACAACCUCAAGCCCCACAACAGAAUCUACUGUAAGCACCACCUCAAGCCCCACCACAAACUCUGCUGUAACCACCACCCCAAGCCCCACAACAGAAUCUACUGUAAGCUCCACCUCAAGCCCCACCACAAAAUCUGCUGUAACCACCACCUCAAGCCCCACAACAGAAUCUACUGUAAGCACCACAUCAAGCCCCACCACAAAAUCUGCUGUUUCCACUACAACCAGCUCCAGCACUAAAUCUACUGUUACCACCACCUCAAGCCCUACAACAGAAUCUACUGUAAGCACCACCUCAAGCCCCACCACAAAAUCUGUUAUUACCACAACCUCCAACCCCACCACAGAAUUUCCUGUAAGCACCACCUCAAGCCCCACCACAAAAUCUGUUGUUACCACAACCUCAAGCACCACCACAGAAUCUCCUGUAAGCACCACCUCAAGCCCCACCACAAAAUCUGCUGUUACAACCACCUCAAGCCCCACCACAGCAUCUCCUGUAAGCACCACCACAAGGUCCACCACAGAAUCUACUGUUAGCUCCACUUCAAGCCCCACCACAAAAUCUCCUGUUACCACCACCUCAAGCCCCACAACAGAAUCUACUGUAAGCACCACCUCAAGCCCCACUACAAAAUCUGUUAUUACCACAACCUCCAACCCCACCACAGAAUUUCCUGUAAGCACCACCUCAAGCCCCACCACAAAAUCUUCUGUUACCACCACCUCAAAAUCUACUGUAAGCACCACCUUAAGCCCCACCACAAAAUCUACUGUAACCACCACCUCCAGCCCCACAACAGAAUCUACUGUAAGCACCACCUCAAACCCCACCACAAAAUCUGCUGUUACAACCACCUCCAGCCCCACCACAAAAUCUGCUAUUACCACCACCUUAAGCCCCACCACAAAACCUGCUGUUACCACCACCUUAAGCCCCACCACAAAAUCUGCUGUUUCCACUACAACCAGCUCCAGCACUGAAUCUCCUGUUACCACCACCUCAAGCCCCACCACAGGAUCUCCUAAUCAGCUAAGAGCACCACUUCAAGCCCCACCACAAAAUCUUCUGUUACCACCACCUCAAGCCCUACAACAGAAUCUACUCCCCACCACAAAAUCUGCUGUUUCCACUACAACCAGCUCCAGCACUGAAUCUCCUGUUACCACCACCUCAAGCCCUACAACAGAAUCUACUGUAAGCACCACCUCAAGCCCCACCACAAAAUCUGUUGUUACCACAACCUCCAACCCCACCACAGAAUCUCCUGUAAGCACCACCUUAAGCCCCACCACAAAAUCUGUUGUUACCACAACCUCAAGCCCCACCACAGAAUAUCCUGUAAGCACCACCUCAAGCCCCACCACAAAAUCUGCUGUUACCACCACCUCAAGCCCCACCACAGCAUCUCCUGUAAGCACCACCACAAGCCCCACCACAAAAUCUGCUGUUACCACCACCUCAAGCCCCACCACAAAAUCUGUUGUUACCACAACCUCCAACCCCACCACAGAAUCUCCUGUAAGCACCACCUCAAGCCCCACCACAAAAUCUGUUGUUACCACAACCUCAAGCCCCACCACAGAAUCUACUGUAAGCACCACCUCAAGCCCCACCACAAAAUCUGCUGUAACCACCACCCCAAGGUCCACAACAGAAUCUGUUGUUACCACAACCUCCAACCCCACCACAGAAUCUCCUUUAAGCACCACCUCAAGCCCCACCACAAAAUCUGCUGUUACCACCACCUCAAGCCCCACCACAGCAUCUCCUGUAAGCACCACCACAAGGUCCACCAAAGAGUCUCCUGUUACCACCACCUCAAGCCCCACAACAGAAUCUACUGUAAGCACCACCUCAAACCCCACCACAAAAUCUUCUGUUACCAUCACCUCCAGCCCCACCACAAAAUCUGCUAUUACCACCACCUUAAGCCCCACAACAGAAUCUACUAUAAGCACCACCUCAAGCCCUACCACAAAACCUGCUGUUACCACCACCUUAAGCCCCACCACAAAAUCAGCUGUUUCCACUACAACCAGCUCCAGCACUGAAUCUCCUGUUACCACCACCUCAAGCCCCACCACAGGAUCUCCUGUAAGCACCACCGCAAGGCCCACCACAAAAUCUGUUGUUACCACCACCUCAAGCCCCACCAUAGAAUCAGCUAAGAGCACCACUUUAAGCCCCACCACAAAAUCUUUUGUUACCACCACCUCAAGCCCCACAACAGAAUCUACUGUAAGCACCACCUCAAGCCCCACCACAAAAUCUGCUGUAACCACUACCCCAAGGCCCACAACAGAAUCUACUGUAAGCUCCACCUCAAGCCCCACCACAAAAUCUGCUGUAACCACCACCCCAAGGCCCACAACAGAAUCUCUUGUUACCACAACCUCCAACCCCACCACAGAAUCUCCUGUAAGCACCACCUCAAGCCCCACCACAAAAUCUCUUGUUACCACAACCUCAAGCCCCACCACAGCAUCUCCUGUAAGCACCACCGCAAGGCCCACCACAAAAUCUGUUGUUACCACCACCUCAAGCCCCACCACAGAAUCAGCAAAGAGCACCACUUCAAGCCCCACCACAAAAUCUUCUGUUACCACUACCUCAAGCCCCACAACUGAAUCUACUGUAAGCACCACCUCAAGCCCCACCACAAAAUCUGCUGUAAUCACUACCCCAAGGCCCAAAACAGAAUCUACUGUAAGCACCACCUCAAGCCCCACCACAAAAUCUGCUGUAACCACCACCCCAAGGCCCACAACAGAAUCUGUUGUUACCACAACCUCCAACCCCACCACAGAAUCUCCUGUAAGCACCACCUCAAGCCCCACCACAAAAUCUGCUGUUACCACAACCUCAAGCCCCUCCACAGAAUCUCCUGUAAGCACCACCUCAAGCCCCACCACAAAAUCUGUUGUUACCACAACCUCCAACCCCACCACAGAAUCUCCUGUGAGCACCACCUCAAGCCCCACCACAAAAUCUUUUGUUACCACAACCUCAAGCCCCACCACAGAAUCUCCUGUAAGCACCACCUCAAGCCCCACCACAAAAUCUGCUGUUACCACCACCUCAAGCCCCACCACAGCAUCUCCUGUAAGCACCACCACAAGGUCCACCACAGAAUCUACUGUAAGUUCCACCUUAAGCCCCACCACAAAAUCUUCUGUUACCAGCACCUCAAGCCCCUCAACAGAAUUUACUGUAAGCACCACCUCAAGCCCCACCACAAAAUCUGCUGUUACCACCACCUCAAAAUCUACUGUAAGCACCACCUCAAGCCCCACCACAAAAUCUGCUGUUACCACCACCUCAAGCCCCACCACAGCAUCUCCUGUAAGCACCACCACAAGGUCCACCACAGAAUCUACUGUAAGUUCCACCUCAAGCCCCACCUUAAAACCUGCUGUUACCACCACCUCAAGCCCCACCACAGGAUCUCCUGUAAGCACCACCGCAAGGCCCACCACAAAAUCUGUUGUUACCACCACCUCAAGCCCCACCACAGAAUCAGCUAAGAGCACCACUUCAAGCCCCACCAUAAAAUCUUCUGUUACCACCACCUCAAGCCCUUCAACACAAUCUACUGUAAGCACCACCUCAAACCCCAUCACAAAAUCUGCUGUUACCCUCACCUCCAGCCCCACCACAGGAUCUUCUGUAAGCACCACCUCAAGCCCCACCACAAAAUCUGUUGUUACUACAACCUCAAGCCCCACCACAGAGUCUUCUAUUACCACCACCUUAAGCCCCACCACAAAAUCUGCUGUUACCACCACCUCCAGCCCCACCACAGGAUCUUCUGUAAGCACCAACUCAAGCCCCACCACAAAAUCUGCUGUUACCACCACCUCAAGCCCCACCUCAAGCUACAGCAGAAGUACUGUAUUAGACACAACAAGACGUCAUGCAUCUAGUGCAGGAUCACAGCACCACACCACAGCCUCUGGGGUGUCUGAUGACACAACCUCUGCCUCAAGCCACAUUAAAAAAUCUGCUGUAAUUAAAACCUCAAGCCAGAGCACAACCCCUGUUUUAAACACAACAAAAAGUUUUCAAGAUCAAUCUGAAAAGGAGUUAUCCAGUGAAGACAAAUAUAAUCCUGGAGAUGGUGACAACAGUGAGUAA